UUGGGUUGUUUUUUUUUUUUUUCUUCCUAUCGAAGCCAUCGUCACAUUGUCGGCAGAGCAAUGAAGCCGAAAUAAGCAAUAAAGCGGAAAGCAUAUCCGGACACCUUGCUUCUCAGCUGAGACUGUUUUGUUUGGGGGUUUUUUUCCCGUCAUUUAACGGAAAUGGUGGCAUGCCAAAGACAUUUCUCCAGCGGUAGCGAAACGAGCCGCGGGGCGGCGAAGAGCAAGCGUCGUCCUUCCGAAGCUCGCACCGGUCCCAGCACCUCUGCAGCCUGUACAUUUCCUCUUAGGACCCAAGCAUAGGUAACUAUGCCUGUGGAGCCUGUACGCCAUGACUGCAUAGAUGAUUUGGUGUUCAAGAUCUCACAAGCAAAGAACUCCUCCAGAAGCUCCUGAUUGCUGGUUUUUAAGGGUGUCAACUUGCGUCUGGUUGCACUUCCUGGCUUCUGCAGUUGCUCAGCACUUGCUCACCUCCUCCAUGAGAGGCAGGAUGUUAGUAACUUUUGCAGAACUCUGACCUUACUGAAAGAAAAGGCACCACGUUUUAUAACUUUGCAUAAUCGACUGCACAUCAAAGAUCUUCGGCCCUUUGAAAGGCACCUCUACCACCCCCCUGACCCCUAUUCCUCUUUCAUCCCUGCCCAGUACCAUGCUGGGUGCACUCUUUCUGCGGAGGAACAUGUCCCAGAAGCUGAGUGUGCUGCUGCUGGUAUUCGGGUUGGCGUGGGGACUGAUGCUGCUGCGCUACACUGUGCAGCAGCCUCGCCAUCAGAGCAGCGCCGAGCUGCGCGAGCAGAUCCUGGAGCUCAGCCGGCGAUACGUCAAGGUCCUGACGGAGGAGAACCAGAACGCGCCGGGGGGGCCACAGGGAACGUCCAUGGCAGGAUAUGCUGACCUGAAAAGGACCAUAGCUGUGUUGCUGGAUGACAUUCUGACACGACUGGUCAAACUGGAGGGGAAAAUCGAACUGGUGGCGAAUUCCUCUUUAACAAACACAUCCCAUGCAGCAGCAGCGGCAGCGGCGGCAGCGGCAGCGGGGGUUCCCGCUGGCCUGCGGAAAGCUUCAAAGCAGGAGUCACCAGGGAGCCAUCCUGGGAUGUCGCGUCUUCAUCCACACAUCCCUAAAAGACCUCGACCACUUUAAGAAGCCCCCCUCCAUCACUGCUCACUGGUGUAUCUGUACCAAGUGAUCGAGUAGCAAUAGAGAUAUUCAUGGACAUCCAAAAUCCUAAAGUGCUUCUUUAUUCUCCUGCAUUUCCUGCUACAUUGAGACUGUCUAGUUCAUAUUUUAUAUUUGCAUUGCAAACAUUCUUUUGCCUUCAUUUCUUUUUUUUUUUAGGGGUUUUUCUCUUAACCCUGCAGCUUUUGAGCUUUUUGACUGUUAAAGUAAAUGCAGAGAAACCAAAACAAACAAGCUGAACAUCUAAUUAGAAACCUGGCACAAAAAGAAAAGCCUUAUCUUAAAUAGAUUCACAAGACAAAUACUGAGCUCAACCUUACACUCAUAAUAAUGAAGUAUGGUUAUAUUUUAGAGUUUUUAGGAGGGACCGAUGAAUAAGAUUGUUAUUUUAGCCUGUGAUUGUUGAGCCUAAAUAAAGUUUGCUCUUAAGAGAUAACCCAAAGAAUAUUUUUUACCACUUCAGUCAAGGCAAUAUAAAUGUUGCAAUAUAAAUGUGUUUUGCAGUGAGAGUUGGUGUGGAAUGACAGGAUGACGCCUGUCCGACCGCUGCAAGCAUCUGCCCCGAGUGUGUGGGCUUCCCAUAUCUGUUGAAACCUAAUGAAUCCUAUGUGCCGUUUAGAGCCGUUUCAAUUGAGGUACUGGAGGACAUUGAAUGUACUGCGCCGUCGGUAGAUCUGUAUUGUUCAGGAUUCAUGUUGCACUGUGAUUAUAGAGACUAUCUCAAUACACUAGGCUCAUCUCACUUGUGCUUUAGAAAUGUUUAAAGGGGGGCGGGCGGAAUAUCCUGGAAUGUUUGUUCCAGUUUUUCUCUUUUAGUUGCUUUCUGUAUUGCUAAUAAACUGGUGAAAUACCUCACCAGUUCACUCAUUCGCUUUUUUUUUGUUUUGUUUUGUUUUUUUGAGCACUUAAACUGAGGCUAUUUGGGAGUUUUGUGUGACAAAGUCAAUGUAGAUCAAGAAAACGCUAUAAUUAAAAAAAAGGAUUUGCUUCAUUUUGUUGCUUGGAAAGUAACAACUGAGCUAAAGACUCUUGAAUUACUAAGUGGUGCUUUGACGAUAAUGCUGUGAUUGCUUCAUAAACUUAAAGUGGGAUGCUGGCUCAGCCGGCCACUUUGAGAACAAUUUCCUCAUAAUUUGAUAGAAAUCAAGUGUUUCCUAUUUUGAAACAGUUUUGGGUCAAAUUUUGUCUCAGAAGGCAAUUAAAGUACUAAUAUGCCUAUUUAUGAUCUGUAACUAAUUUGCAUUUAGAUUUUGCACAGCAAAGGUAUCCACCUUUCUUGACUAUCUUCCUGUGAAAGCAAACAUCAGUAGCUUUUAUUGUGAUUUUAUGUGUUGAACCAACACAAAGCAGUUCAUAAUUGUAAAGUGGAAGAAAAAAUGUUUGGUUUCCAAAUGUUUAGGAAAUAAAAAUCUGAAAAUGGUGGCAUGCAUUUACAUUUAGUUUCCUGGAUCCCCUUUUGCUGCGUUUACAGUCAAAGUAACCUGGUCAGUCUGGGUGGACAGUGUCUUUGAACAUCACUUGUCAAGUCUUGCCACAGAUUCUGGAUUUGACUGGACAAGUUCAAUUCACUUCACAAAUGCUUUAUUAAUCCCAAAGGGAAAUAAAAUGUAACUCGUACUAUCCAAAGUUCUUCAAACAGUGGUACUAGUAGGAUCUGUUUUAUUCAGCAGCUAUGUCUCUUAUGAACAGCCAAUGUGCUCCAAGAUGGUGCUGGUCAUUUUACCUCUUUCCCUGUUCAUACUUGACUCUUUUGAGUAUAAAUUGACGUUUCCCAGGAGUAUGUGUUUUGUAAAAGCCGACGCCGAUUCAAAGUACUUUAAAAUAUUUCAAAUCCAGGAGUAGGAUUAUCUCAUACUUGUAGUGUGCCCCAGGAAAUUAAGUUGUGUGACUAAAAUAAAUGACAAUAACCAUCA